AGAUAUGUGCUGUCAAUAUAUGAAGUAACCUUUUCAGUUCAUACAGACUAAAAAUUUUAAUUCAGCUACUCGGUCCAGAGCGAGAUCUGUAAAUUUUCUGGUACAAGAGGCCUUCAAAUUUAACUCGCUUCAGCAAGACUUUGAAUUCGAGAAUAUUAUCUUCAAGAUAUAUAGGAAAACAUCAAAAGAAAAUAGUCCAGAAUUAUAGUUAAGAAGAGCAAGAGAUCUUCCCGGAUCCGGUGUAGUUUCAAGUUGGAUUCUUCAAGUUUGUCGCCAAAUCUUUUUACACGCCAUCCCUUCAACGCCAUGGGAUCACGAAUUUCUUCAGUGAAAAGAAGUGACCAUAACGACAACAGACAAGGGUUGUAUAAAUCCCUGAAUUUUCUCAAAGAAGAAGAAGAUCGUGCGCGCGAUUUGGCGCGUCCAGAAAAACUGGAUUCAGUACUCGAUCGUCCACCAAUACCAAGAGAACGACAAAAGGACUUCUCUUGGAACCCUUCUGAUCGAUCGGUCAACGUCUUCGUCAAAGACGACGAUCCUUUCACGUUUCACAGACAUCCAGUUGCUCAGAGUACGGACUGUAUACGCGGGCGAAAGGGUUUUACAAGGGGUUUCCAUGUUUGGGAAAUCAAUUGGUCAACCCGACAACGCGGGACUCACGCAGUAGUCGGUGUUGCUACCCAAAAAGCGCCCUUACAUUGCACGGGCUAUCAUUCUCUGAUCGGAAAAACUGACGAUGGCUGGGGCUGGGAUAUUGUAAGGAAUAAACUCUAUCACGAUGAGAAAAAUAAUCCUACGGUUAAAUAUCCCGCUCAACAAGACGUUGAACACAACUUUACUGUGCCCGAUAGAUUUCGUGUCAUCUUGGAUAUGGACGAGGGAACUCUAGCUUUUGAGACAAUAGAUGGAAGAUACUUAGGAGUUGCAUUUCGUGGUCUCAAGGGCCAUACGGUAUACCCUGUAGUAUCUGCUGUGUGGGGACACUGUGAGAUAGCUAUGUACUACAUUGGUGGACUAGAUCCUGAACCGCAACCACUUCAAGAUCUCUGUAGGCGUACAAUACGGAAGUCCAUAGGAAAGGAACAUUUAAACAAAGCGAAUAUUAACACUUUACCUAUUCCAACAUCGAUGAAACAGUAUUUGCUGUACCAACAAGGAUGGCACUAAAACAGUGCAAGGAAGCAAAGAAAGAAAGAUUAAUGCUUUAGCUAUCAAAAAAGGUGAUGUGUUUGCAAGAUAAGAGCAGAGAAACCUUUCCUUAAUUAACUGCAACAUUCUCGAUACAAAGAAUCCAAGUUCAGAGUAAAUCUUGUGAACCGUGGCAAUGUGUAUCUGAGAGCAAAUUGAAGAGUAACAGACUUAAGGACUGGUAUGUGGUAUGAUAUCUUAAAAUGGAUCAAUUGAGAUACUCUCUCUCCAGAAACAAAAUCUUGGAACACUUGCAGAGCAAGAUGAUGAAACAUGUUUGCCCUGAUCAGAGAGACAGCACCUGUGACAAAGUCAUCUUUAAUUGACCAAUAAUCCAGUUAAAAGACAGUUUGAUGCUGUAUCUCUAGAGGAAAAGAAAUUCCACACAACCUACCAGCCUUGAAAACAAACUACCAUACUUGGAUAUUCAAAGUAUACACAUUUUAUCUCAUCUUCUAGGCCCAAUAUAUUAUAAUAUUCUUGGAACAUUAUUUUCAAAUUGAACUUCCAAUAAAAUGGUACACAUAUUAUUCAUUGACAAUCCAAAAAUUUGUACUCACAAAUUCUACUUUUCUAGAAAAGUUAAACGAAACACAUAUUUUCUAGGAAAAAAAUUUAAAAUGAAGGAUUGGUUUAAAAUUCAGAAUCCAAGAUUAUGCCUUUGUAAAAAAAAUUUGCUAUACCAUUUAAGGCAAUCGUGUUCACUUUAUGCCUUCUCAAUCGUGGAAAUGUAUAGAUUAAUGUAUGUAUUGUUCAACAUUCAUAGUUCAAGUUUUAUUGAUCUUAUUUUAUCGUUUUUAUCCCAAAUUUUAAAUAAAAGCAAAGAGCAUUUAGGACAAAAAAAAAUUUUUUUGUUGUUGUUGGAUACUUGAAUCCCUAAGUUUUCAUACAAGAAUGAUCAUUUGAAUGAAGUGCAAAAAAUACAAUUACAUCAUUGUAAGUUACAUGAUCAAAGAGAAAUAUUAAGUUCCAGUAAUGAAAACAAAUGUUAGAUAUGAUCACAAGAUGGCUCACUUUUUUUUCUUUUUAAAAUGGUCAAUGUACUCUUUACUUUUCUCUUUAAAUAUUAUGGCUUUACAAUAAUUAUUGAUCAGCAACAAAAAUCCAGUUGCAACUUUGUUUUGGUUCAUGAAGCAAUUUAAAACCUGCUUCAAACUACUGGAAUUUUUUCAUCAAAAAAAAUAAUUAUUUUGUCCUGCAAAUCUUCUUUGCUUUUUCUUUUAAUUAAUGUAAUUUUUAAAUUUGUUCUUUGAGCAAUUUUAUUUUAUUCUAAGCAAAAGAUAAAUCCAAACAUUAAUCCACAGUACUUCAUAUUUAAAACAAAACACGCUCAUUCCGGAUACCAAAAAUCUUCACUUAAAAAAGUCGAUACGAUAUUAAAUUAAUACUAGGUACUAAUAAUCUGCUUUAGAUGGGAACAAAAUCAAAAUAUAAGCAAAAUAUAUAUUUAAGAUCAUGCAAAUCCUACAGUUCAGUAAACUAAAAAAAUUUGUUUGAGAGAAGACCUUUAUUUGCUCRUCACGAUAAUUAUUUCAAAGGGGAACUACUUCAAACAAAGAGAGAGGAAUAAAGAAAAGACUAUUGAACCAAAAACUAGAAUGAAUACUGAAUUGGAACGCUAUCAUUUAGGAAGAUUUUAUCACGAGAAGGCAAUUUUAAAAGUUGUAAAAACUUAAAUAGUUAUUUAUUUAGUUCAAUAAUUUAUUCUUUUCAUUUAAGAUACAGUCAUAUUAUAAUUAUUUAUGGACAAGGAUGGAUAGUUUUCAUGGUUACAGUUGUAAUAAAAGCAAUUUCCUGUGA